ACGAUACCCGAUACUAUCUGCAGGCGUGCAGCUGUGCCCGACGCCGAAAAACAAGUAAUAAUAAUAAUUGUUAAAUAAAAUGGCAAAUCGGACAGUAAAGGAGGCCAAAAAUGUGCACGGGACCAAUCCGCAGUAUCUCAUUGAGAAGAUCAUACGUUCCCGCAUCUACGACUCCAAAUACUGGAAGGAACAAUGUUUUGCACUCACCGCCGAAUUGCUGGUGGACAAGGCGAUGGAGCUGCGAUUCGUCGGCGGCGUUUAUGGAGGAAACAUAAAGCCCACGCAGUUCCUCUGCCUCACACUGAAGAUGUUGCAGAUUCAGCCGGAGAAGGACAUUGUGGUGGAGUUCAUCAAGAACGAAGAGUUCAAGUAUGUGCGUGCAUUGGGUGCGUUCUAUCUGCGGCUGACCGGCGUCGCCCUCGACUGUUACAAGUAUCUGGAGCCCUUGUACAUCGACAACCGCAAGCUGAGACGCCAGAAUCGGGCCGGACAGUUCGAGAUUGUCUACAUGGACGAGUACAUUGAUGAAUUGCUGCGAAAUGAUCGCGUCUGCGACAUUAUACUGCCUCGAAUACAGAAGCGCACCAUUCUCGAGGAGAACAACGAGAUUGAGCCAAAGGUGUCGGUCCUGGAUGAAGACCUGGACGACGAACUGCCCAGUGAGGAUGAGAAGCCGGACGACCGAGAAGCGAAUCGGACGAACGAGAACUCGGCUUCUUCUGUACGACGACCACGGAGGGCUCGCUCGAAAUCCAAAUCCCGCAGCAGGGAGCGGGAACGGGACCGACGUCCAGCGCAAAGCAACAAUGCUCGUUCUCGAGAUUACUACGACGAACUGGAGGAGUUUGAGCGGCAGCGGAAUCGCACCCGCAACCGCGACACUCAGCACGAGGACCGGCGUCAGCCAGCAGGACGUCAGGAUCGUGAUAGAGAGCAACGCCAGGAUCGGGAUAGAGAGCAACGUCAGGACCGGGAUAGAAAGCCCCUGAAUCGAGACAGGGAGCGCCAGGACCGUGACAGAAUGCGCGAGCGAGAUCGAUAUGGCGAAAGAGAUCGACGGGAGCGAGAAAAUGGCUCCCGCCACGACCAGCGGGAGAGAGAUACGCGAAACGAGCGCGAGCGGCGUCGCCAUUAAAAUUAAUUUAAAUAAUUGUAAUAUUGACCACUAAAAAACACCAAACCGCCAAACUCUCGGUAUUUUUAUUUGCCCCAGGUUGGCAGCGCCGCGCAGCAAUUGGUGGUAAACAGAGACAGCUGUUGCUGUUGUGAAUUUUAGAAAGUCGAAAGAAAUGCACAGUUAAUAUUAAUAAUUAAUAAAUUAAUUGUAUACUUGGGUUUAAUAAUUGUGUUGCACUUGUGUACUCGUGUUAAGUAACGUAACUAGCCUACGCACAUGUCGAUAAACUGCUUACGUUGCCAUUUCGCAGCAGCAAGUGAAGCUCUCAGUAUCUGUUUUCGCUCUGUUGCGCUCAGAACUCGCCUUCGUGUCUGUGACUGAUUAAAUACUAUACGCUGCUGCAUUGCCCAGAA